AUGUGUCCCACAUACUGUGUGGAACACUUAUGGAAUAAUUUCAAGCUAAAGCACCCCGGAUUGAAAUUGAAAGCCAGAUUGACGAAUAUUGCAAAAGCAACAACUGAAGAGGAAUGGAACAAGCUAAUGGAUGAUUUGAAGAAGAAGCAUGAAGGAGGAUGGAGGGCCCGUUUAGUGAAUCCCGAGAAGAAUCUAAUUGUUAUGUUGCAUAAUAUUGUGGUGAUGGUGAUAAGGUGCAUUCUUGAUGACGUGAAAAAGGUGGAAUAUUAUGCUGACAGAUGGUACUCAAAGGAGAUGUACCUGAGAGCAUAUGCAAAUAAUAUCCGGGGGAUGAAUGGUCCUAAAUUUUGGAAGCGAAUAUCAGACCCACCCCUAUUGCCUCCAGAGUUUAGACCCUUGCCAGGAAAAGUGAAUGGCAGCAGGAACAAGCGACAUGAUGAACCCCACCGAGUAUACAAGAACCAAAAGGGUUGGUAUGAGGCCAGUAGGAAGAAUGAUGGCAAGGAGAGUGAGAGGCCCUUAGAUGGGCAGAAGCGAGCAGCACCAAAACAACAGCGGGGCAGACCACGCAAACGGGUUGCAGGUGAACCUUUGGCUGAUGAUAUGGGUAAGCAAAAGGGAAGAGGCAGGAAAGCACUCCCGAAUAGUCGAUGUGAAUACUGCAAACGCAGGGGGCACAAACCAAUGUCUUGUCCAGCACUAAAAAACAAACUUGAUAAGAAGAAGGAAGCAACCAAGCAAGACAAGGGUAAGGGUCAGCAACAAAUUCAAAAGGGUGCUAGGCGGAAGCGGAAUAACAAACAUAGAGGUAAUUUGCAGCUUCGCGAUGAAGACGAAAAUGAGUGUGAAUCUGCUAUCAUGGUGUCUAGUACUAAGCGUAAAGGAAAAAAUCAGGUCGCUGAUGGAGAUAAAAAUGAUCCCGUCGUCCUGGUGUCCAUAAGUAAGGGGAAAGGAAAAUUUCAGCUUUGUGAUGAAGAUGAAAAUGAUACUGGUAUCCUGGUGUCGAAAACUAAGCGGAAAGGAAAAAAAAAAAAACAGGUUCUUGAUGGAGAUGAAAAUGAUCCCAUGGUCCUGGUGUCCAAGAGUAAGGGGAAAGGAAAAUUUCAGCUUCGUGAUGAAGAUGAAAAGGAUCUUGAACGAAUUCUUGUUGAAGAUGAUGAUGAAGAAGAUUUUCUUGUUAUCUGGGUGUCCAGAACUAGGCAGAAAGGAAAAUUUCAGAUUCUUGAUGAAGAUGAAGGUGAAGAUGUUGUUCCAGUGACCACUUCGGUGCAUGGAGAAGCUUUGUCAUGUAAAUAUUGUCAAAUGACCAGUCAUCGGAGAGCUCAGUACCCUCAAGAACAGUUGACACGUGGGUUAGAAAAUGAAACUUCUGACGAAGAGUAUGAUGAUGCAGCAGACAGUGCUCUUGAACCAUGUGCAGACUUCUCGGGGAAUUUUGACAUGGAUGAAAGGAAAGAUCAGAAUGAAGAAUCAUUGAAGGCCAUUACUGCACCUGGUGAACUAGCGAAGGCAACAAAAAAUAAUGGUCAACUUGAGGACGUAGGGAACUCCGUCGUUGCACCGGUGCUAGAGUCACAGCCCUAUGAAGGCCCCAACAAAGCAUCGCCCGCCAUGGAAAUGGUGUCAAAUCUGCCCUUUACUCGAAAGAGAAUGGGCCAAUGUAGCAAGGUCAAUGGAGAGAAUCUAGGAAGCUCGGCAACUUCUCCAAUUGAUAUUGGUGUAGAGGAGAAAGAUCAGGCACGAAAUGACCAGUCCCAUGUAGAUAACAUCAAUUCAGUGGGAGUGAAUUCAGGACAAAACUUGGAGAACAACCUUGACAAUUGCUUCAAACUGGGUGUUGGUCGGUCACGCAAGGCCAGAUAUCGAAUGCAUGCAAAUGGGGCGGGUCAUUCGGGGAAAAAUUCUAUGCAAAAGCGAGCGAAUCAUCUUGCAUUGGCGAGAUAUUUACAAGAUGAUCUCGCACCCGUCCCUCAUGCAAAUGAUCACGCUGAAAUACCAGUACUGGCAGUUCCUCAUGCAGAAGUAGUGGUGGAUCCCCUUCAAUCUCACAAUCCACAAGACCGCUUGGUUUACCCUUCAAUGGCUAUUGUUAUUGACCUGCCUAGAAAACUCGAUGGUGGGAAGUUUGUUGGACCGAGUGGCAGGGUUCUGCGUGAAAAGCUUAUUAGAAUGAUGAUCAUGGGAAGCAGGAUUGGGAAGGGUCUGUUACUCACAAUGAUUCCAUAUAUGCCUGGGUUGCUCAAGAAAAUGAUUACGCAUCCAUUGGAAUCGUUGGGAGGAAACUUCGCGGGUGUGCAGUUAUCAAAAGUUUCGAUGAAAUCAAAGGUCUCUAGGACACCUGGUGUGCCACUCUUGGUUGACUAUCAUGUAAAUUUUUUUUUUAGAUCCUGGGAAGACAUGUAA